UUUAUUUACUUUAUUAUUUAUUUUAUUCAGAUGCAUAAAUUCAAUAUAUCUUUUUUGAAUAUUUUUUUCGUAAUUAAUACUUUGCAUCAUAGGAAUAUGAAAAGAAAAACUUUGUACUAAAUUUACAUAGAGGGGGUGACCAUAAAUAACUUCAUCUGAAAGAAAUAAUAUAACCUAUUUAUAGAUUGAAAUAAAUAAUAUUUAAUAAUUAUUUAAAAAUACUAAGAAAAAUGACAGAUUAUUUAGCAAAACCUGCUUUCGUUGUUGGAGAAAUUGAUGAGGAUCUUAACCUGUCUUUGCCUCCAACUUCCGGAGAAGAAUACAUUAAAAGAGUAGUAAUAGAAGCACAGAAAUGUGCUGAUAUUGUAGUAGCCGACAUUGAUCGGAAACAUUUUGGGAAACCUACAAUUGAUGUCGAACCUUUAUCAGGCUGUAUGGAGGCACCACCAUGGCUUGGCCCUUCGCUUGAUUGGCAGUUGUAUCAAGUAUCAGACUUUUCAAAUAUCAGAUUAUAUAUAAGUCAAUUGAAAAACGAAAUUCAAUCAUUAAAACGUAAAUGGAAACGUCCAAAGAUUGAUAUGCCAAGUAUUGAUGAUGAAAAAGGUUGGAUCAAAUUUUGUUCAAGUAAUGAUAAGGAAAAAACAAGAAUUGCUCCAACAUUGGAUAUCAUUUUUUGUUUAAAUCAUCCAGAAGUAGAACAAAUAUUAGAAUAUUUAGUGGAACACAUUGAAACACUGGAAAAGAUAGAAUAUGAAUUGGGUCAAUGGAUAUAUGCAUUGCUAGUUGUUCUGCAAAUGCCAUUAACUCCAGAUACAUGUUCCUGUUUAAGAUCUUUGGCUAGAACAUGUUCAAUCAUGCGUGCAAAAUCGAAGAAACUGGAAAUACAUGAAAUAGGAGCACUGAAUUUAUUUAUAUGUCUAGUUGCGAGAUAUUUCCGUCAAUUGGAUUUGGCCGAUCCUUAAAACCAUCUAAUUUUUAUUAAAGUGCAAUUUAAAUUAUUUACUUUGUGUAUGAUUUAAUAAAAUCGACCUUUUAAUACAUUUGUAUUAUUUUUUUGCACACCUUUCCCUUUACUUAAAAUAUACUACUGGUUAUUAGGGUACAAUGAGGCAACAUUUUUUAAUUAAAUAAAAGUGUAUUACAAUAAUCAAAUAAUAA